GUCCCCUCUCCAACCCUCCCACAUUCCCCAGCCCUGUAGACUGGAGGGGCAGCCACAAGACCCAGUCAGAGGGACAGGAUGGAGGGGCCAGCGUUAACGCUGGGGCUGCUGGCUAUACUGGUUGUGUGUGGCAGCUGGGGCCUAAAUGAGGAGGAGCGGCUAAUUCGGUACCUGUUUGAAGAGAAAGGCUACAACAAGGAGCUCCGGCCUGCGGCACACCAAGGGGAGAGUGUGGAGGUCUCGCUGUCCCUCACACUCUCCAACCUCAUCUCCCUGAAAGAAGUUGAGGAGACCCUCACCACUAACGUGUGGAUUGAACACGGUUGGACAGACAGCCGGCUGCAGUGGGAUGCUGAAGAAUUUGGAAAUAUCAGUGUCCUGCGCCUGCCCCCUGACAUGCUGUGGCUCCCAGAGAUUGUGCUGGAGAACAACAAUGACGGCUCCUUCCAGAUUUCCUACUCCUGCAACGUGCUCAUCUACCCCUCGGGCUACGUGUACUGGCUGCCGCCCGCAAUCUUCCGCUCUUCCUGCCCCAUCUCCGUCACUUACUUUCCCUUCGACUGGCAGAACUGCUCUCUCAAGUUCAGUUCCCUCAAGUACACGGCCAAGGAGAUCACCCUGAGUCUGAAGCAGGAGGAAGAAGAGGGUCGCUUCUAUCCCGUGGAGUGGAUCAUCAUUGACCCGGAGGGCUUCACAGAGAAUGGGGAGUGGGAGAUCGUGCACCGGCCAGCCAGGAUCAACGUGGACCCCAGCGUGCCCCCGGACAGUCCGGGCCGCCAGGACGUCACCUUCUACCUGCUCAUCCGUCGCAAGCCCCUCUUCUAUGUCAUCAACAUCCUGGUGCCUUGCGUGCUCAUCUCCUUCAUGAUCAACCUGGUCUUCUACCUGCCGGCUGACAGUGGCGAGAAGACGUCAGUGGCCAUCUCAGUGCUCCUGGCUCAGUCUGUCUUCCUGCUGCUCAUCUCCAAGCGGCUGCCCGCCACGUCCAUGGCCAUCCCCCUCAUCGGCAAGUUCCUGCUCUUCGGCAUGGUGCUGGUGACCAUGGUCGUGGUGAUCUGCGUCAUCGUGCUCAACAUCCACUUCCGCACGCCCAGCACCCACGUGCUGUCUGAGGGGGUCAAGAAGCUCUUCCUGGAGACCCUGCCCGAACUCCUACACAUGUCCCGCCCAGCAGAGGAUGGGCCCAGCCCGGGGCCUCUCAUCCGGAGGAGCAGCUCCCUGGGCUACAUUUCCAAGGCCGACGAGUACUUCUUGCUUAAGUCCCGAAGUGACCUCAUGUUUGAGAAGCAGUCCGAGCGGCACGGGCUGGCCCGGCGCCUCACCGCUGCACGCCGGCCCCCCGCAGGCUCUGAGCAAGCCCAGCAGGAGCUCUUCAGCGAGCUGAAGCCAGCCGUGGAUGGGGCCAACUUCAUUGUCAGCCACAUGAGGGACCAGAACAGUUACAACGAGGAAAAGGACUGCUGGAACCGAGUGGCCCGCACAGUCGACCGACUCUGCCUGUUUGUGGUGACGCCCAUCAUGGUGGUGGGCACGGCCUGGAUCUUCCUGCAGGGGGCCUACAACCAGCCUCCACCCCAGCCCUUCCCCGGGGACCCCUUCUCCUACCACGAGCAGGACAAGCGCUUCAUCUAGAAUAGGCCUGCCUGCCCUGCUGUCCCAGCUCCCAGGCAGCGUCGGGUGGGGCCUUUGGCCUGAGAGGGAUGGGGAAGGGUGGCUAGUUGUAUGGACAGGGAUGUCUGAGAAAGGACAGGCCCUUCCUGGGGAGGCCAACUUCUGACCCUGAGGCUUGAGUGCAGCUGAUCCUGCAAGGCUGGGGCAGGAAGAGCUGGGCUUUCCUGAGAUUAAGGAAGGAAGGGGGAAGCCCCCCUCAGCCGCAGGUCCUCUGCAGGUAAAGACAGGAGCCUCCGAGGAGGUCUAAGAGUGGACAUCAGCUGGGGAUCGGGGUGGGAAAAUUUGGGGGGAGAAGGGGGCUGGCUCAGGGGUUAGGGAUGAUGUCACUCAAGCUGGGACCCCUCUGAGGAGUCAGAAAGGCGAGGCCUCUUCUUGCCUCUCCUUCCCUAGGUGGGGGUAGAGCAGGUGGGGUCCUGUGCCUUCACUUCCCUGUUCCUCCAGCCACCCUCCUCUCAACAACCCCUUAGCCUUGGGCUUCUGAGGCCCCACCUGGGGCUGAGGUAGGGACCCCUCCCUCUCAGAGCUCUUAAGGAAGAGGGUUUCAGCAGAGGUGGGAGCGCCAGGGUUACAAAAUGGCCUUCUCCAGCCCUUUCUGCCAGGGUAACUUAGUCUGGGUCCCUCGGGGAAGCCGAGGACUGGGAUGGAAGGGCCAGGCUCAACACCCACAGAGACCAAAGGUCAGGUUGUCAACCUUAGGUCAUGUGCACAAUCCUAGAGCCCCAGAACUCAGCCUUCCCCCAAGGAGUGUCUCCUUGGGCAACUAUUCUUCUCCCCAAAGUAGGGUUUCCGUACAAUAUUUGGGACAUACUUUUACUAAAAAAAAUAUUCAUUGUUUUUCUGAAAUUCA